CCUAAAUAAAUCGUGGAUUUAAAUUGUAUAAAGAAAUACUUGGUUUUUUUUGCCACGGAGAAUUCAACUUUCUGUUCUAAAGGAAAAGAUUGUGAGGGUGUACAGUGCUAAAUGUCUGACGUAUCGACUGGGGAUGAUAGUGCUGACAAUGACCAGGAUGAAAUAUGGACACCACCAUCUGUCAUAUCUGAAAACGAAACAAAACAACUAGAAACUACCAACAACGAAUUAGUAAAGAAACUAAAGAAUCUUGAAGAAACGUACGCAGAGGAGGGACAGGCCAAAUAUGAAGCAGAAAGACGGGCAGACAUUGCUGAGAAAAAACUGGAAGCUUUACAAGAUAGACUUGAAAGGGAAACUGAAGAUGACGAAAACCUUUCAGACAGGUUAGGACAACACCUAGAAGAUUCCAAUGAGAGAAUAAAAACGUUACAAACAAAACUAGAGGAAACGGAAAGUAACCACCAGCAGCUGAUAGACAAGCAUCACUUGGAAACCAAAGAAAAAUGUCUAUUAUCAAAGAAGGUUAUUGAACAAGAAGAAGAAUAUGAUGCAAUAAUAAAGAAAUUAGUGUUAGAACUAAACGAAACAAAAACUAAACUUCAGAACUUACCAGACAAAUAUCAAGAGUUACAAAGGGAGUUAUCGAAAGAAUUAUACGAACAAAGGAGUGAAUAUGAUUUUGAAUUACGAAAAGCAAAAACCGAAGCAGUAGAAGCUAAUAACCAAGUUAAAACAGUUAGAGACUUUUACAGAAGAGAGAUAGAAGAAAACAGACAACUUCAAAAAGUGAUAAGCAUAAUGACAGAGGAAUUAGAAAUAGGGAAGAAAAAGUUGAGUGAGAAAGAUGUGGAAAUUGACAAGUAUCUAAAUGAUUUUCACUCAAUUUUCGAAAGACACAAAAGAGACAGUGAAUAUCCAACAGAUCAAGAUGAUCUCCAAGAAACGUCGCAUAUGAUGAGUAGUGAAGUAAAUAGAGAUAUUUUACAGUAUGUUGGUGAAAAAGUCAUUUCCAAUUCUGUUCUUCAAAAAUAUCCUGAUGUCAAAUUAAAAAGGAAAAGUGAUAAGCUGGUGUUGGUAUGUUCCUCUCAAGAAAUGAUGAAUGGUGUCCAGCAUUUUCUCAAUGAUAUGAUCACAUUUGCUGGGGAUACACUGUCCUGGUCACUGGAACACACUAACAAUGAGACGCAGUCAGAUUCCGAUUCGUCUGAUGCAAGUAAUCAAACAAUGGUUACUUUUGAAAUGAGUUCAGAUGACUAUGGCAAAUUUCAGUUUUUCUGUAAAGAUGACGUAUUGCAACAUGCUUCGUAUGAUGGUACUAACUUAAAAUUAAAACUCAAAUUGCCAGCUGAAAGACAAAAGUAUGAAGAAAUUAUCAUAUCUCAUCUGCAACAACUGUUGUUGUUAGAACACGUGACUGUACAUUAUGUCGAACCCUUGCAACAAGAUGUAACUAAAGGUGUUAUUGCUGAAGAAUUUCCUUCUAUUUAUUGUCAGCUAAAUAACAACGUCAUUCAAUUAUUUGGAGACGAAUUGUCAAUUCUGCAGCGAGCCAAACAACGCUUAGAAAUGAUUCUGAACAUUAACCAACAAUUUCCAAAAGAAAGAAAGGAUAAUGACAUACCAGAUUUAGACAAUAUUGACGUGUUUAAAUCAAAAGAAAUAGAUUACAUUUCACCAAAUCACUUUGCAUCUAGAAGUUUCUCAAUGAAUGAUGUCCGCUACGACGAUGAAAUCUCCGCAAAUUGGGUUUUUACUACUGCAGAAGGAAUAAGUGUUAAAGUUUACCUUGGAAGUAUUUUGAACCUUGAAGUAGAAUGCAUAGUUAAGGCCAACAAUGAAAAAAUGUCUUUUCGUUAUGGAAAUUCUGCACCUAUUUAUGAGGCUACAAGAAAACAGUAUACUGUAGAAUGUGAAAACAAUAUUAGACGUUAUGGCACAUUGCAAGUCGGCACAUGUGUGUCAUCGUCAUCUAAUAACCUUUAUUACAAAUACGUUAUACACACAGCUGAGCCUCGGUGGCAUGAUUAUAAUGAAAAUGAAAAGCAGAAAUGUGCUUUAGAUUUAAAACAAUGUAUUGUAUGUUGCCUUGUUGAAGCUGACAGGUUGCGGAUGAAAUCAAUCGCAUUACCGUUUGUCAGCACAGGCAUUUCUGCAGUUCCUAAAGACAUGUGUGCUAAAGAAUACUGCAAGGCAAUAGAAGAGUAUAGCAGAAUCAGAAAGAAUACGUCAAGUUUAAUUGAAAUAUAUUUCAUAGAUAAAAAUCAUACUCUUGUUAGUUUUAUCAAACAAGAAUUUGCAAAAGCUUUCAAAAAAUCAGGACAGCGUUAUGUUAGUAAACAAGAAGCGGGAAGACAAAAUGUUAAACCAUAUUCCAAGAGCACAAAUGUACGUGCAGCGCAGUUACGUGUCAGGACUGGAAUGGAGAGUGAAAACUCAGAAGUCUGUUGUAUUUGCUGGAACAAGAUGAUGCAACCCAAAAAACUUCAAUGCGGCCAUUUGUUCUGUUCCGUUUGUAUUGACCACCAUUUUAAGCAUGCACCAACAUGUCCACAAUGUGGCGGUAUACAGGGAAUUCUCACAGGGAUACAGCCCCCAGGAAGGAUGGAAACUAAUAUCAAAAGUUCCUCACUGUGUGGUUUUCCAGGAACAAACACUAUUGAAAUAGUGUAUGUUAUACCAUCAGGUAUACAAGGGGCAGAGCAUCCAAAUCCUGGGAGACGCUUUGAAGGAAUAACAAGACGGGCAUAUCUUCCAAAUAAUACAAAAGGCCAGUUGGUUGCAAAGCUAUUACAAAUAGCAUUUGAUAGACAAUUGGUAUUUACUAUUGGAACAUCGAGAACAACAGGCAAAACAGGAGUUGUAAUUUGGAAUGAUAUCAGUCAUAAAACUAAUCCAGAGCCCAAUGCUACGUUUGGUUUCCCUGAUGAUACAUACUUUGAUAGAGUACUUGAUGAUUUAGGCUUUAAAGGUGUAACAGAGAAGGAUAUAGAGCCGUAACGACGUAAUUUGUUUACAGUGAAACAGAUAUGAAUAUAAAAUUUCAAUAGACCAGAUAUAAUCACAAUUAAUGUUUUAUUUCUUUGAAGUUUAAAGCUUUAACAGCAUUUCUUUCAUAAUUUGUGUAUUAUUUCUUGAAUAAUUAUAUGCAUACGACAUUUGGAAGUUAUUGUUGAGAAUAUUUUAGGAGGAAUUUUAUAUCCGCUCCAAAUUAUCAGCUUUUGUAUUAGGAUUUUUUUUUAUAUUUAAUUAUACAAAUAUAUCCAUCGUCAUCU